UGACGAAAGGAAAAAACAACAAUGUAAUAAAUUGGGACAGGAAUGCAAGAUGAAAGGAGGAAUGGCGAUUUGUGCAGAAUCGCCAACUUGUGACGAAAGAAAAAAACAACAAUGCAAUAAAUUGGGACAGGAAUGCAAGAUGAAAGGAGGAAUGGCGAUUUGUGCAGGAACUUCAACAUGUGACGAAAGCCGCAAACAACAAUGCAACAAAAUGGGACAGGAGUGCAAAAUUAAAGGAGGAAUGGCAAUUUGUGUAGGUAAAGAAAGGCCAACGUGUGACGAAAGGCGGAAAGAACUAUGCAAAAAAAUUGGACAAAAAUGCAAGAUUCAAGGAGGAUUGCCGAUUUGUGUAGGUCCAGAAACGCCAACAUGUGACGAAAGAACAAAAGAAGAAUGCCAAAAAAUCGGAAAGGAAUGCAAGAUUGAAGGAGGACGGGCGAUUUGUGUAGGUUGCACCCGGUCCGCUUGCGUGACAGCCUGCAAAAAGCUGGACAGCAAGAAACCACUUCUCGAUGUUAUAUGCAUUGGAAAAGGGAAGUGCAAAUGCUUGUACCAGGAUGACUGCACUCAAGAGAGAUGUCAAAAAUUCUGCGUGGAAAAUUUAACCUUGAGCUGGCUGAAAUCGGCCAAAUGCAAGGGACGGGUUUGCCACUGCAAUCCACCAAAUGGUGAAUAGACAUUAUUAUGUGUGUUGAAUCGUAUAAGAAUGUAGGACCAACUGCCCAUGACACAUUCCUUGCAUCUGGCGUCAAACAAGUCGCAUAAUAUGACAGAACAUAACGCGCACCACGAGGGGUGGGAGUGUAUUUUUGGUUAAACGAGUACGAAACAGAAGAUCCUACGAACUAUUGAAGGCCAUUGUCACUGGCAUAAAGAAUCCAUCUGAGACAUUGCUCAUUGUAUUCUACCGAAUUUAUACUACCUUAGGUAACUACAAUAAAAAGUACUAAUUA